AUGGUGGAUAAAUUGCACGAAUACGAGGGUUUCGCUGGCAGGGUGCACGAUGUUAGAGACAAGUUUAAAGAAAAAUGGGAGACGUGGAAAGAGUGGAAGAAUGGGAUACCGAUGGACCAGGGGAUUAAAGGGUUCUUGAAUCAUCUACGAGGACCACCCAAAUUGGAGAGAAGUUUGAAUGAUUACGCGCAUAUUUACAGAAAAAAGACACGAGGAGAAUUGGUACGAAUAUCCGCAGCUGUGAUGGGAAUCGAAUUUUCUUACGCCGCAGAAACAGCGUUUGUUUCACCGACUUUAUUAAAAAUCGGCGUAGAUCAUCAGCAUAUGACCCUCGUCUGGGCACUCAGCCCUCUCAUUGGUUUCUUCGUCACACCGAUUUUGGGAAGUCUAAGUGAUAGAUGCAGACUAAAAUAUGGAAGAAGAAGACCGUUCAUUCUAUUGCUGGCUCUUGGAGUUUUGAUAGGAUUAAUAUUAGUUCCAAAUGGGGAAGAUAUGGGAUAUGCCUUUGGGGAUGUUCCACCUACGUGGACCAACUAUACAGUUCCCUUAGGACAUCGAACUACGGCGAAACAUGCGAAAGAAGAGUCAGUGAAACCUCCGUCUCACUCUUGGGGAAUUUUCUUCACUAUCCUAGGCACAGUUCUGCUCGAUUUCGAUGCUGAUGCCUGCCAAAGUCCAGCCAGAGCAUAUUUACUCGACGUCACUGUACCUGAUGACCAUGCUAAAGGUUUAAGUACGUUCACCAUAAUGGCAGGCUUGGGAGGAUUCAUGGGAUACGGACUAGGUGGAAUUAAUUGGGAUGCUACUACGAUAGGAGUUAUGUUAGGUGGACAUCUUCAUGCUACUUUCACUUUAAUUACGAUUAUUUUUGUUAUUUGUGUAUCCUGUACCAUUACCAGCUUCAAAGAAAUCCCAUUGGAAUUGUUGGAAAGUGACGAAUAUCAUCAGUUACAGGAACAAAAGGCAUCUGCUGAAGAAUCGGAGGAUCAGCCAAAGGAACAUGAAAAAAUCAUCACAGAUGAUUGUGCUUCUUAUGGCACCUUGGGCAAUGAUCAAGAGAUUGCUACGAAAAAGGAUGAGUUUGCUCUGAAACCUCUUCCAGUUCAAGAACCAGAGAAAAGAGUUGGUCAAGUUCCUAUGAUACCAGAUAUACCCAUCCAAGACACAAAUUACGUUGAACAUGGUUUCGAUGAAAGUAUCGAAGGAAAUCCAAAAGCCACAUUAAGGGAAUAUCUUCUUUCUAUCGUAUAUAUGCCACAUAGUCUUCGUAUGGUGUGUCUAACUAAUUUAUUUUGUUGGAUGGCACAUGUAUGUUAUUCCCUGUACUUCACUGAUUUCGUUGGGGAAGCUGUUUAUGGGGGAAACCCACAGGCUCCAGAAGGUAGCAAGGAAAGAGAAUUAUACGAAAGUGGAGUUCGCUUUGGAUGUUGGGGAAUGUCUAUGUAUUCAUUAUCCUGUUCCUGUUAUUCAAUGAUUAUCGAGAAGCUCAUAGAACGCUACAAAGCCCGAAGGGUAUACAUUUGCGGCCUGCUGUUCUAUAGCACUGGUAUGAUGAUGAUGGCGUUGACGAAACAUCCCGCGGGAGUGAUCAUAUUCUCUUGGACCGCAGGUGUUAUGUACUCCACAUUAUUCACUAUGCCGUAUCUUCUAGUUGCACAUUAUCAUGCUUCAUCAACAUUCGAGGUGACAGCCGAGGGUGAAGCCGUUCAAAGCGGGGGAGUGCGUGGUCUUGGCACAGACGUCGCAAUCGUCUCCUCUAUGGUGUUUCUGGCGCAGUUCCUUCUGUCCUGCUGCCUAGGAACGAUCGUCAGUAAAUCUGGGACCACUACAGCCGUUGUAUGCGUGGCUAGUACCCUCGCCGCCUGCGGAGCCAUUUCUGCAACACAGAUUAUGUAUCUGGAUCUUUGAAGUUCCUUUGUUAAACAGACGUUAAUUAUUUUUAUUUUUGUAAUUUAUUAUUUAAAGAAUGGAUUUUAUAUUUGACUAAUUCGAAAUAAUAGCCCUGGAGGAAUUAUCAUAUUAUAUAUUAUGAUUUAUUAUUAUUAAUGGAAACUAAUUUAAAUUUAGAAUUUAAGUUAUUGAAAUUUAAAGAGAAGUGUCUUAUUUUUAUAUUUAAUUAACAAAUCUCUUCUAAAAUCACUUUUGAAAAAAUUAGACUGUCGUCAAACUGAUCUAUUUUUCCUUCUCUUUUUCCUUUUCUUUUUAGUGACACUGAAAUAUUUGAAUUAUUUUUAUUCUUCAAAUUAAUACUAAAUUAUAGUAUAUAUCAUAUAUAUAUAUAUUAAUGCUGAAGAGAUUUUAUUACUCUGAUACUUUUGAAGUAGACUACACAUUUGGCGACGUUGAUUAUUUUUAUUUUUACCACCAAGUAUAAGAAGAAUAGUGCUGUCGUAAAAACUGUUCAAAAUAAUAAUUGUUGCUAAAGUGAUGUAUACAUAUUGUGUGAUUCUCUCUAUAUAAAUAUCUGCUGUAUUAACAUUUCUACAUUUAUUGUUAUUAGCAUUAUUUACAUAACGAAAGAGAAUUUCAAUGAUUUGGAAAGAUCUAUGAAAACUUGUGAUUAGGAAAUGUAAUAACGAUAUAAUAACGAUAACGAUGCACAAAUAGUGGCUCCGUGUAUCUACGAUACAUCGUACAAUUACGAUUCUAUAUAAUUUAAAGAUACUUGUAAAUAAAUGUAACUUGUAAAAACGUAAUAAAAUAUGUAGCAUAAUC